AUGAAAUUGAAGAGUGCCACCAUCCGACUUGGUGUCUCGAUCAACAAAAAGACCCUCCAAAAAUAUCUGAGCAAAUUGAUACAAAUUCCCUAUUUAAGACUUACUUGCGUUUUCGAUUCAAGGCACUUUGAAAGUGUUAUUGCGAUCAAUGAACAAUUCCCACGUCUCACUUUAGUCUGUCCUACUCUAAGGACAGACUUGGUCAACUUAAGACAAUUGGCUCAAAAAUGCCAAAUUGGAUCUUUUGUGGUGACGCGUCUGAUCUUAUCAAACAAACAAAAUUUGGACGAUCUGUUCGACCUUCUGGUCUUCCUCCCACAACGGGGUGGUGCGUUUGAAAUCCCCGCGGAGUUUUGUAUCCACAAAAAAUUUCAAAAACUUUUGAAAGAAUACGACUGGGAAAAACUGGAAAUUGUCGGAGGAAAGAACGAAAUUAGUCCAACUCAAAAAGUUGUUGUUAGACUUGACCAGUGCACGUCUAUGAGAGCACUCAAAGUGAUGGAUUGCACAUUCAAGAACGUCGAGUUUGUCCUUCCAAAAUCGUUGGAAUCAUUCAGCCUCCUUGGUGUAAAUAGCAUUAGAGCUUUCCCAGAAUAUGACUAUUUUCAAAAGCGUCUAGGAAAUAACUUUAUGUUUUCUCUUUAA